GUAGGAUGUCUGCCGCCAUUGAUAGUGACACCGCGCUGCAUCUUUUAGUGCGACAAACGUUAGUUGAAAACCGGUCCCACGAAGAAGUGGCCACAGCUGUGCGGUGCAGCAGUGCCGCGAAUGGGAUGCAAAAUGAGAGUCGUUUAACUCCCGCUGAACUGGCACUGAGCUUGGAGCCGGAAGGUGUUUUAGCCAAAGUAAUGCUUCAAACGGAAUUUGAGAACUCUUUGCUGAUUGAAAGUUUUAAAGCGGUGAUGAUAAGAGGGAACCUACGGCUUUUGCAAAUUCUCAUGAAGCUCAAAAGGCCUGAGUUUGGUGAAGCCGCAGUGCUUACAGCGUUAGAGGAUGCAUAUGCUGAGUUGAGAACUCGAAACGUGGCCUUGUCAACGGAAGUCAUCGAUGGUGUACAGUAUUUACUUGUCGAAUCUGACUAUAAGUGUUUUGGUUCUGCUAAAAUUAACAAAGAAGAGAAAACCGAUAGGGUUACACAUUUAGUUAAGUGCAUUGACUUCCUGGAAGAAAACUUUACCAGCAGCGAUUACAACGAUAUCGAUGGACGCUUUGUACUGUAUGUGCGGCAAAUACUGGAGCACGUGUUCUUUUUGAAGAAUCAUCUCGACGGAAUACCACUGAUUGAGCUGCAGUUUUGUUUGGCCAUCUUUUUACGAACUACAACCGGCGAAGCCAACGAAAGUCAUGACCUCUAUGGAUUCAUGGUGGACAGAGAAAUCAUCCUGAACUCGUUGAAGCUACUUAAAGCAGCCCUAAACGAUUCACUUACCUGUAAAGAAAUUGAUGGUGAAACCCUUUUCAACUGUUUGAAAUGUAAGCAAUACCCGCAAAACUCUCUUAGGCUGCCAAGGAGGGUUCUUCAAGGCAUUCAAACCGAUAAACAAUUCUCAACAUUUGACAACGUCGCAGAGUAUGAACUACUUGGUCAAACCCAAAAAGAUCUUCUGAAUCAAUACUGCCAGCAGUUGCACAAACAACGCGUAGCGAGGAAGCACCGAAAGAAGUUCAAAACUUUACUCAAAACUUACUACACUACAAAGCAGUUCUAUUCAAUUCACAAAAUAAUUCGCAGUAUUGAGAUAAUCAAAGAUUUGAACUUGGAUGAUUCAUCAACUCAAUUCAUUACAAUUGCAGCCCUCAAGCGAUCUCUGCAAGUGAUAGGAGAAGCAAUCAAAAGCACCAAACAAACCCCGAACAUAACGAAAAAAUUGGACUCGAUUCUGGCCAUAUUUUCCUCGCAAUCUUUUGUUGAGAUGACCAAAAAUUUGAGGCAAUUCUUCAGCCAUAAUUAUUCCCUGGUGAAGCAACGACUCGAUCACGACUGUCCGGUGGACUUGUUCCGGUCGAUCCACAAAAAUCUUCAAUUAUCCACCAAUUGGCUGGCGUAUGUGAAAUUUCUACAGUACGUGUACGUAUUCAAACGCUAUCUGGGCAAAAUUUAUCGAAUGGAUUCCAUCCAGCAGAUGCGUUCCUACGUGAAGUUUAUCGGGACCGAGUUCAAAGCUAAGCUUCAAACAGUUUACGAGCCUCUAGACUUGACUGAAGCCAUAAGACUGAUGCAAUAUCUGAUUGACAAAUCUAACGACCCAAAAGAGAUACAGACUUUGAAGGUUACUAACCUAACAAUUGUGGUAGCCAGAAAUGCCAUCAUCAACGACGUAUUUUUGGUCGCUCAGUUAAUCGAUGAAUUUUUCUUCUUAGAGCUGUACAUCAAACAGGAGGAAGCAACAAUUACCCGAGUGCACACUAUUGUAAAACAUAUGCUUGACGCAAGCAGACGACAACAGCGACAUGAGACUGUGGACAAAUCGAGUAUAAGAACGGCUCCAAACACUAUACUCCAGAUGCGUUUAAAGGAAGUAGACCCGCACAAGCGAAUGAUGUUGGAUGAAAUAUGGCAGAGACUGAUGAAGCAAAAUAUUUCUGCGAUUGAAUCUUUGGAUAAACAAACGACUACUUCAAACGCUUAUGCUACGGAUGAAACUAGACGAACGCUGGUCGCGUUGGGAAUGAAAAUCGACGACGAUGAGUUUGUAGAAAUGGUUUCACGCAGGUUGAACAACAAAUAUUAUCACAAUCUGUUUUGCCUAGCCAACAAGUAUCAAGUGAUGAGUGAAGUUAUCAAAGAUCGUAGAGUAAAGGAGUCCGUGGGACAGCUGAAGCUUAAUUUAGAAUGUAUGGAGGCGAAAGAUGAGGUGCAUUUCCAAGCACUAUUCGAUCAUAUGGUCGACAAUAUCAAAAAUAUUCUCCUGCGAUAUGGUGACCGUGAAAGCGUCGCUGCAUGUCAGCUUUCCACCAUCGACAAUUCUGCGUUGGAAUUCUACCUAUUACAGGUCAGUGAAAUCUUAUGCAGUGUGGGUAUAUUCAAAUUGAACAUAGACUCCUUGAAGUCGAUAGUUCCAGUCGUAACCGGUCGUAAUUUGAGAAAUUACUUAGCUCACGAUCAGCUAGCAUACGAUGUGCUUACAGAUGCAUGCUCAACUGUCAAGCUCAAUGCAACGUACUUUGCACAAAAGAAAAUCUUCCACCUAUAUCAACAUUCCCGCGCUUUGAAACAACGGAAAACCAAGCCUUUUAUUAACUCUUUCCAAAGUAAAGUAUCGUGGUUUAAUGUCCAACACGAGUUCUCGAUUGCUUUGGAAGCCUGUGAUAUCGUAUCGAUUGAGAAUCUUGCUUUACAGGACGCUACUAGCAUCCACGGAAGAACCUUUCUAAGCAGCGAUCCGAUUUCGCUUGUUCUUAACGCCAAACCCGCGGAACUCAUCGACCAAUUAUUGCAUCCUAGUACCGAAGCGAACAUUUUUAGGCUGCUUCUCAAAAUUUCAACCAACUUCGUGUUGAAACAGCAAAUUCAUCAUUUACUAGCGGAACCCCAUCGAUUCUGCUAUAAUGCAGCAAUUCGCUUCGAAUUGGUUGAUCAAAUAACAAUGCUGAAAACACGACCGGAUAUUAGUGGACAACUUACAGGUCAGCAGGUGGAGCUGAUUUUGAGUGAAUAUAGCACAGAAUCCUUCCGGCGUAUGCUGAUGGAGCAUCCGCUGGAAUGGUUAUCGCAGAGAACUCGUUUACAGAACACUCUCCUUCACUGGGCGGUUCUUCGAGGUGAUAUACUUAUGGUUGAACAUUUGCUUAUUCAUAAAUACGAAUCGAUUAACAAGCUUAAUGUUUUUCGUGAAACACCGCUUGGCUUGGCGGUUCGUUACGGAUACUUCAGCAUAGCUCGACUGUUAGUCGAUAGUGGAGCGGACAUAAAUUUUGGCAUGUGGUCUCCCGUGAGGAUUGCAUCCUGUCUCGGCGACAUAGAACUGUUACCAUUGCUUGUGAAUGACCAAACGAAUAGAUUUUCCGUAUUUAAUAACCCUCUGAUGGGAGCUGUUGAGAAUAAUCAUUUCCUGCUUUUUAAACAACUCUACGAGACAUUUCAUUUCAGCUUAAAAGUCGACCAAUUACUUCACAAAAUAAUACUGCUAGAUCGGAAAGAUUUUUUCCAUUACAUUUUGCAAUCCAAUGAUGCUGAAGCCAUUAUUCACUUAGUAAAUUCCGUUGAUUUUACGCCGCUGAUGACUGCUGCUACCCGUGGCCGAAGGGAGAUGUGUCGACAACUUCUACAAAAGGGAGCUAAUCCUUGCUACAAAAGCCCCAUCAAAUACACGGCUUUGCACUGUGCAGCCUUUAGUGGUGAUCGUGAUCUCGUAUCUGAUCUCUUGCAGCAACCGGGAGUCGACAUUGACGCCGCAGCGGAUGACAACCUAACUCCGAUCGGUAUAGCGAUUGGCCAAAAUAACAUGAACAUGAUAUCGUUCCUGCUCGCAAUGAAGGCAAAAGUUACUGCCCAGGAGUUUCUUCAAGCAGGAAUCUCUCAUCACUAUCAUAUCGUUCCUUUUCUGAUGGACCGUGAUGAUAGUUUAAUAAAUGCAACGUUCGAUGUUGCCCGCAGGAACCUUCUCAUGUACGCUAUCAUCGAUCGCGAAAUGUCUACCGUCGAAUAUCUCAUCAGUAAAGGAAUUGACCUGAACGCCCGUGUAAUUGGAGAAGUCACUGCCUUGCAUAUUGCCGCAAGCAAAAACGAUUCCACCGUUUGUGAUCUCUUGAUAGUAUCCGGCGCGGAAUUGGAUGCGAUGGACAGCGAAGGUCGAACAGCUUUGGUAGUUGCCCUGGAACAGGAAUACAUCCCGGUCGUUGAAGUACUGUUGAAACACGGAGCUAAUUCGGAAUUGGUGAGAAGCUUCCGUUAUCGUGCCUCCAACAGUGCUUCCUUGCUGCACAAAUUCGCCCAUGAAAAUAGGAUCGGGAUGGUUCGACUUCUGCUUGAUCAGUUCCAUUUUGAUGUUUCGCUGGUAGACUGUAACGGUGAAACUGCACUCGAUUAUGCAACGAAACAAAAUAACGGUGCGAUUGUCGCAAUACUAAACGCAGCCGGACUGUGAUCAAUUUGUAUCUGUGAUUAAGUGUUUAUUUCCGA